UCGGUGCUUACGUCGCCUAUACGCUUGCUGAGGCGUGUUUGCGCCAGUCCGUGGUUUUUUUAUAUCAAUAUUUGGGCCCUCUUUUCGAAAGUGAAUGGAUGACAAUAUAACCUAAUUUAACCUUUUGCGGCUGGCUGGUAAGUCAGGUAAACUAAAUAAGUGUCCAAUCGACAGAGGAGCAUCAUGGGUAGCUACAAACUUCAGCGUCUCGAUUGGUUGGACCGGUUAGAGCGCGCAAAUGAUAUAAUUGUUGUGCUGAAAAUAUGUCAGGACAUAUGCAACCUAAUCGACCGCAGGACAAACCCGCGAGAGGAUGAUCCUUCGGACGUAACACCGGGUUCACCCGAAUGGGGUGCCCGUUUGCAUCUGAACAACGAAGUGCUCCUCAGAUUGGAAUGGGUCAUGGGCGACUUGAAGUGUACGUUCGCUCAAAAACGGAUAAUAGCGAAAUCGGUUUAUAAAAUCUACGCCCACAACUAUCGCUACGAUCGACGGGUUUUUCCAGCCGGAGGAGUGCUCCCCAGGGGGAAUACGACUGUGGACGAUACUGUGGCGAUCUACGGAAUGGUGUUUUCCGGUUUCAUAAAUCUGCACGAACGAGUGGAUCUCUCCGCGGCUAUCGUCAGAAAUUUCGAGCUAUUUCGGGCACCUGGAUGCUACUCGAAGUACUUUAUCACCUUAGCCGAAAAUACGUUGUCGAUGCAAAAGUUGGAUCAGUGUGAUGAAUUUCUCACGCUGGAGCGGGAUGCGAUAUGGAGCACGAUACUGCUCAAUCUGGAGUCUCCCUAUCGGGUUGCUAGGGAGUGUAUGCUGAGCAUUCUGAAGAACUUGAUGAAAGACGAUGGAUUUGUGCGCUCGGUCAUCCUGCCAAUGAUUGGCCAAUGGAGCUGGCUCAAUAGGAAUAAAUUUCACUUACUUUACAUAUUGUUGGGAAUAUACCAGCUGUCAACUGUAGAGCAUGCUGUUGGGGGAAAAAUUGGUUUGUAUGACAUGCUAGAGCUGUCACUCCACUAUAAGCAUCUUUUCUCCGGUGGUCAACUGAUUGUGAGAACUCUGCAGAAACAGAGAGAUGAAGGAAUAUUUGAGCUUGAGGUGAAAAUUUUGCAACGCGCCAACAUUGACUUGGUCCGAACCAUGAUCAAACAGUGGUUUUGCAAUCUGACUCGGGGUGAUUUCAAGCUUUUGUUUAAAAUGAUGCAGCUCGAUAAGCUAAGAAUCGGGGAGAACCGAAAAUCGAUGCCUGAAUAUCUGAAGGAAAAUGACUAUGUGAAAUUUAUUCAAUACAUGCAUUUAUUCAGACGGGAAUUCCAAUCAUGCCCGGAUUUGAAUAUUCUCCUAGUGUUGAUGUUGCAAAUUGCUACCGAAGUCGAUCUCGACCAUGUGGGAAUUGGUUUGAUUGUGGAAACACUGGUUCAUCACAUAGUUACCCCGAAUAACCAUAUACACCCCUCCACAAGCGUUUUUUACAUUUACAAACUGAAGGAGUACAUUUUGAAACAUCUUGGAGUCGCAUCUGGCAAUGUUUGUAGCGCUUUCGUGGUCCAGUGCACAAAACUGCUCAACUAUGUGGCUUCACUCCCUUUGAAGGAAUACGAACUCAACGAGGACGCUUACGGCAUCGUACCGGAGCUGAUGGGUUCGUUAGUGUUUCACCGACACCUGCAGAAGCAAUCGGAGGGCAGCAACUAUCAUGCGAUAAUCACGAGUCUUAGAAUGUUUCAAUCGUUUGCUGCACUUUUCCUACAAUUCACCUCGAAGUCCCCGUAUAGGCUGCAGGAAAACUCCACAGCCGCCAGUCAAAUGUCCCAUUUGCUACCCGUGGAAGCGGAUACCUUUUACGAUAUGAUUUACACCGUUGAGCAUCUGCUGCAAUCGGAUUUCGACGAUGUGAAGGCGACUGCAUUGAAACUGCUGUACAACAAAAACUUUGCAUACCAUUACGGGCCGGCUCUACAAGGGAAGCUGUCCCUGAUAUACUCGUAUAGAACUCCUUCAGCCGUGCUAGAAGCCAUGACAAGUUUCUACGAGGAAUCGCACAACGCUCUGCAAACCUCCCUCAAAGACCAUGAACGCGAUCUUUUUGCUGCGAUCAAAAGUGAUUCCCAGUUGCACAGCCAAAUCGAUUCAAUCACCGAGGCAUUCUUCGGUUACGAGGAAGCAAAAAAAUUUCGCAUCCUCGAAAGCAUCAAACUCUUCCCUGGAAUGGUCCUGCUUGUAAACCGCGUUGUGGAGUUCGUGCUACGGUCAUUCAACUGUGCCAAAACCGAACAACAGCAGCGCGAGAAUAUUGGUUCCAGCUUCGAAAUUAUGGACCACAGCUUGCAGAUAGCCCUGGACCGUUCUUCCCAACGAUCGAACAAUCUUGCCCUGGAUAAGAAAGCUAUACUCAAGGCUCUCUGGAAGACGUUACACUCUUCGGCAUACUUUCUGGAAAAUUACGCCUCGUGGGUACUGGAUAACUACAAGAACCGACUGGACACACGCUACCAGCUGUCGAUCUGCUUGAGAGCGCUCGUGAUGAUAAUGCUGAACUGUUGCCACCGAGGAGCGAUAGAAUCGACGGGCGUUUCGUUCGGAAAAAUGAUCCGGAAAAUUGCCCUUCUCAAGCAAUGUUUGGUCGUUCGGAAUGAUCAUCGAAAUCGUCAGGCUAGGAUAAUAGUUGACUUGGCGGAAUCUUUCUUCCGGGCUUUGGUUCGGUUUAAUUUACAAGAGACUGACUUCCGGAGGUGCCGCGGUUAUCUUUGGUUGAUACAUAAUUUUAUUAAAAACGAUCUUCACACCAACAACGAACGAUCGUAUUUGCGCAUUUACAUAGAAAUACUCAACCUCCCAUUGAAUAGGCCAUUGAUAUUGGAAGACAAACGAUCGUUGGAUAGCAUUUCUGUGAUACAAUUGCACCAGUUGAAUUUGAUGGUACGGGAGGCAACCCUCAACGAGACGAUCCUUGAGUUCAUUGAUGAUUUGAUGAUUAUCGCAUUGGAGAGGUUCAAAUCUGCCGAAUGGCCCACAAGGAAUGCAGCGCUGCAGUUGUACUCAUCGAUAGUGACUAAAUUGGUUGGCCAGAAGCAGCAGUGCUCGGAUCCACAGUGCGAUUGGCCACCGGUUUAUGUGUCACUCAAUGAGUUGAUCUUUAAGCUGGUUAAAUCUAACAAUUACAUUCUGGAUGAGCUGCGCUCUGUUAAAGGUGUGUCAACACCAUUUCUAAUCUUGGUGUUGGAAUUUCUCUCCAAGGUCGAAUACAGACUGUAUAACAUUCCGGAUCAGGAAUCUAUUGUUGACAGUUAUCGAAGCUUGAUGUGGCGUUUUUUGAGUCAUGAAAAUGAUCAGGUUAGAACACUGGCUGCAACUUGUUUCACUCAGCUGCACGAUUUUCGCGAAGAAAUUCCUUCGUUGAUGGAAAAUUUGAUUAUCGUCUUUUUCACCGCCCGUUCGAAUGAGAACUUUCGCCAUGGGCUGUUGCGAGUGAUCCAUUUCAUGAUUCGAAAGUAUGUGACCAAUGCCCGUCUGAUGGGAGAUGGGUUCGAGAAAGGUGAAUAUUUUGCGACAAUCAGAGCGCUGAUAGCGCGGUACGUCGUGCUCGAUCAAUCGAAGACGGCCAGCUAUCGCUUGCGGUGCCAUUUACUGGAUCUGUUUUCAUAUCUUGGAUUCGAUAGAAUGAAUGCGGUUGUGAUUGGACAAAUUUUUAACAAACUAGCUCCCAACAACUUUGGGCUAAAUGUAUUCCUGAUGCGCACCAAUGCACUGUACAAUGGUUUCAAUAAGGAUGGGUAUCGACAGAUGGAAAAUUAUGAGGUUGAGAUGAGGGAGACUGAGACUGAGACAGAGAUCGAGGACGAAUGAUUUCGAUGAUUUCGAUUUCUUUUUACCAUAAUUUUAUUUAAUUGUAUUUUGGUUACAAACUAAUUCUUACAUUCUAAGUGCUCAACAAUUUACUUCUCAACUUUGUUACUACUGCCCUCAGCCUUAUAAUUUAACUUUAAUUGACACAUCGUCACUCAAUAAUGGUACUCCCUCUUCACGCUCAAUAAAUAUCACUUCACCUUCCUAGAGUCUCGUUUCAUUUCACGUUCAUUUCUCUCAUUCUUCACACUGAAGCGAAAUUAUGAAAUCGUCAAACGAAAAUGGAAGGUUCUCAUGAAACUGAAACUGUUUUAUUUCGAAUAGAAAUUUCGUUGUAGAACCGGAUUCACUAAAACUGAUGAAAAUGACGAUGUGAAAGAAUGUGCAGUAUGCCAGCAGGCGUAAUUAAUUGUCGGCGUUGGUUGUUAAGGCGCAAUUCCAUAUAUUCGACUUGAUAAAUGCUGCAAGUCAAUCGACAUGAUAUAUACGCGAUCUUUCAUUUUGUUUUCCACGGUUUGUACGGUAAUGUUUGCAUUGAAAAAAACAGAUUUUUUUUCGGUCGGUGAUAAAAAAAACUAAGACAGAUAAUUGAAUUUGAUAAAUUUCCCAUGGAAGGUAAUUAUAUUCGCUUACUCGCGAAAAAAAAUUCUACGCCCUUGCGAGUAGAGAUGUUGGUUAAUCGUUCGAUUAAUUUAAAUAAUCGAAUAUCUGCAAUUUUAAGUAAUUUAGUAUCGAAUAAUGAAAAAUCAAAAUAUGAAUACAUCGAAUAAUUAUUAGAUUAAUCGCGAAUAAUGAUAAAGCGAGCCUUUUUUUCAAAAAAUGUAGUGCAAAAUUUAUUUAACCGUCAUGGUGUUUUGUCGAAAUUCAUCGAAUACGCUCAACCAUUUACGGUUGAAGCAUAACAAUAAUUCCCUGGUGGUGGAGGAGACUAGGAAGAAGAAUUCAGCGUCUGGAGGAGUAAAAGGCGGGAUUGAAGGAGGUGGUCUAAACUCCUAUACUAAAGUGGUAGUAUUAAAAUUCAGAGUGCCGAGGAAAAUAUACCAUACUAGGGGUCAAUGAUUUUAUAAAUAUACUUUCUUUGAACCAUGCAGAAAUUUUCAAACAAAUCUGCUAUUUCAAAAACAUUUGAAGAACAGGUGAUUUUGAACAGAGAAAAAUGUAUGUUGGUGCAAUAACAAUAUUGUGCAUCAUUUCCAUGAUGUGCUCUUUUUCAAUCGUCCGCAAAAAAUAAUGAAAUGGCAAAUUUAUCAAUAUUUUGAAAUACCAUUUCAUUCAAAAAAAUUAUUCACCAUUUUUAUUUUAAAAUUAUAUUUAUAUAAAUUAUGACUUCAUAAUCUUUUUUAUUAUUUUAUUAUUUUUAUUAUAAUCGAAUAUUUGAAAAUGGCCCCACGAUUAAUCGAUAAUCGAAAGAACGAAAAAUUUAGACAUCUCUACUUGCAGGCGGCCUUCCGGCAGUUAACCCGAACAUUCGCCAUGGCGACCUUCUUGGGGAACUUGGUGUGUGAAUUAAACUUCACUUCGGAGCUUACUUCCUUUGUGGAGAAAGUAAAAUACGAAGUGCCCUGCCAGUCGUUGCCAUCCAGGGUGAGAUAGAACUCGUCGUCCAUCACCACCGCCACGUCGCGAUUUGCCGAAAAAUCGACUUGACCAUCUUAUUCAGCCGCUGCCGCUGCCGCUGCGUCAUUAACUGGAGCUCCGAGACAUGUGGACGGGAUUUUCGCUUCCUCACAUGUAUGUCCACGUUCGCCAGGUUCUUUUUCACUGUUGGUCGAUUGCACCGACCUCCCGGCCAAGCGCACGCAGCGAUGUAGUCACCUUUCCCUCGAUCUUCCUCUUCAGGAAGAUUCAGACCUUCAUGUCACUAAGGGUCGUCGGCCGUCCGGAACCGGGCGGAACAAAUUUCAAUGAAUAUUUUGAAACUUUAGGGCAAUACCUAAAGCGUUACAUAGGAAUUUUGGAAAAUUCGGAAAAUUGCCAAAAUGAUGACCGAUUUUUUUUUUUUAUCCCAUUUAUUUAUUUAAGGCUCAUUAGCAUUUUAGCUGUAACAGAGCCGAAUUUUAAUCGUGUACAUGUCACAUGGUUAUCAUAUCUAUAAUUAGCACAUUACACAGUUGCCAUUCGCCAGUAUUCCUUCUAUACCAUUACAUAUGGUACAUUCACACAAUAGCCAUUUAGGCGUAAGAGUUUUCUAUCUGUUCUUCCAUUAUCCAGUUAGACCGGACAGCGGAGACAGUUGAUUGAUCAUUGUUGAGUUAUUUAUAGAACAGUAGCCCGAUGUGUCUGCAGGGCAGAGCAGUUGUAUGGAUGAAUCGAUCUUAUUUCGACCGUGGAUCGAAUUGAUGACCGUUUUUGUUAAAAAUGAGUUAUUUUUCAUGAAAAAUCGUUGGAUAGAAGCUCAUAAAAAAUCGAAAAAUUGAGAAAUCAAAAAACGGUUAUGUAACGCUUUAGAUAAUUCAUUUUAUUUGCCAAUAAAAAAUUUCAACCAAAUCGGUCGAGUAGAUCCUGAGAUAUCGAUACCACCAGCUGAAAAAAAACAUAGUUCCGAGAAAAGCGCAUUUAAAAAUUCGUACAGCAAAACUAUAUCCCUCGAGUUGACCUCACACUUUUGGCUGUAACUUUCCAACGAAAUCAAACAUCGAAGAAUCCUUCUAGGACAACAUUCCUGAGGGCAUAAGCUUCCCAGAAAUGCGAAAAGAAUUGAUUUUUCCGAUCUUCCAGACCGGGGUCCCGCCUUAAGCACAUUAGCUAAUGACCAAAAAGGUUUGGAGUGGAGAUGAAUUUGUCGAAAUUUAUGUUGGAAAUCUUCAUUCCUAAGAUCCAAUAUUCUUGCCUGGAUUACUCUAAUGAGACUGUUUGACAAACAUUUUCAUACCGGUCAGCCAUUCAUGGUGAUGCUAUCAAUAUGGACAGAGAUACUCACCGGAUUUCGUUGAAGUGGGACUGCUUUUUAGGGGCGGAGACAAUUGUUGGUUGGUGGAAUUCCAGCGGCUGGUCUAUCUCCAACGGGGAGUCCAGAGAAUGAUCAAUAUUGAUGUUGCUAUUGACGAACCGCUGGAGCUCAGCCCAGUUGACUCAAUGAUAAUUUCGUCCAGACUGACUGAUGAGCGUCUCGGUAGAAGCACCAAGAUCCAAGAUCCCCCGAAAGACAACGAAGAUGACAGAGACCUCCGGGAUAGCCAUAUUCGAUAAGAAUAUAUCCAGGAUGGAAUGGAAUCCUGAUCUGGAGUGGUCUAGAGAGUUGGGUUCUCCGAUGCCAGAAUGUUAUAAUGGUCGGCCUUGAAGCCCUCCGCCAGGAUGAUGCCAUUUUGAUUGCGCCUUCGGUUGCCCCACAACUCAUGCCGAGUAUUCAAGUUCCCACGAUGAUGAAUUUCUUCCGUCUACGAAUCACCUUCGCCAAGUUGCCACGCAAUAGAGAGGUAGAAAUUCAAAUUCCUUUUUUUUGUGCGAGCAAGCGAUCCAGUUGACGAUUUUCAACAACUCAGAGGCUAUGCAGAGAUGAUCAUGCUUGGUUCACAGCGGCCAUACGGUUGUUUAAUAAAGACGGCUGAAGCACUGGAACCUGAUGCCGUUUGUCAGGAAAGACGGGAAAUUCGCUUCGUUGAAUUGUGGAAUUUGUUUGGCAAACUUAGGUUUUUGGAGAUCGUAGCUGGCACACUUCGAAUCAGACGAAUGAUUUCUCAAUAAUUUAAUCUAUUUUAGUAAGCGAACACCGAGACAGCGCAAAGACGCCACUUCAUUUGACAAUUUUUUUGGCUUUUUAUAUUUUUUUACUAAUAGUUCUCCGUUAUUGUACACAUUAUUGGUUUUAGUUUUUUUUUUUCUCUUUUUAUCAUUCGCGUUUCCUGUUUCUCAAUAUAGUAAAAGAUUAGUGUUAUUGUCGUUCUUUUUCGUUGAUCAUCUGCUCAAUAGUAACCGGCGGCUUACGCUUUCCCCUCGUAAAGUAUUUCGUGUGCACAAGUUAAUAUAAAAAAGUUAUUACCAGAACUUCCCUAGAGCAACGUAUCGUCACAGGGUCUGCGUUCUGUAUAAUGUGUUAUAGUAGUAGUGAAUAGAGUUAAGACAAAUAUAUAUCAGUCUUUAUCGUAUUGUUUUCGCGGUUUUUGCUUCUUUUCCGCCAUUCAUAGCGAACCAUACAUAAAUAGUUCAAUUCAACAGUUAACAUUUAGUGUCAUACGUUAGUGUACGUUUGUGAGUGGGUGUAAGUAUGCCAGUGUAUGUGUGAGGAUUGCCAUAAAUGUUUGCGUGAUGUUGUGUGUAUGUAUCAGUUCAAUGUGAUAGGCGAUAACUUUUGCUCGUUACAUAAAAUUCGUAAUAUUCGAUGAGAUUAAAAUCCUACUUCAAAAUUAAACUAUCCUUGCAUUUUUCUUACUUUAACUUUAACCUUUUUACAGCAAAAAACUAAAUAAUUUUUUGGGCGGAAGCAUUUUCUUCGACAUUGGUAAAAAAAAGUACAAUACACAGUAGUGAUCAUUUCCGUAAGGGUUUGAUUCUUCAAAGGCAGCGUUACAUAUACUUGAGAUUUGUUGUAUAAUAAGGCAUUAAGCGGGUCACUUUUCGCGUACAAGUGUAUGUAUAUGUCAUAAGGAUAACUGCUUGUAAAUUUCAUAGUGUACAGUUUUGUCAUUUCACGUAAAAUGUCUUACAUUUAAAAUUAGUGAGUGCAAUAGCAAUAAUAUGAGUAGCAACUUGUUCGUUAAAUAUAUAAUAACUAUGAUCGUACAUUUAUAUAAGAAUGGAAUGUUUAUUUCUCAAAGAGUCCUCCCUUCGUGUAUCGCACAUUUUUAGUGCUUUCAUCAUCAUUUCCGCACAUCUCGUGUAGUAGCUUUGCUUUUAAGUUGAUAGGAACCAAAUAAUGUUUUUCGUGUGUUUUUGUGUGAGUAUUAUGUGUAGU